GAUACUGAUACAAAUCUUUCUCGAGUCAGGAGAGGCUGAGAGCGCGUUGUCUUGUUGACUUUCUGUCUCCGGUUAGUUGUAUGGUUUGCUCCGGCAGGGUAAACCGAAAACCUAGCAGGACGCUGCUUUGAAAAAUGAAGUCUCUUAAACUACACUGUAUAUUUUUGUUGAGUUUAACUAUAGUCAACUCGAGCUUUGCAUUCUACCUUCCGGGUUUGGCACCAGUCAAUUUUUGCGAGAAGAGCUCGACUGGAGAUGCAGAGGAAUGUCAGAAUGAGAUACAGCUGUUUGUGAAUAGACUGGACUCUGUGGAAUCAGUCCUGCCCUAUGAAUAUGAUGCGUUUGAUUUCUGUAAAGACACAAAUGAAAGAAGGCCCACAGAGAAUCUUGGGCAGGUGUUAUUUGGAGAAAGAAUCGAGACAUCCCCCUAUAAGUUUUCGUUUAAGAAUGACUUGACAUGCCAGAAGGUUUGCACGAAAUCAUAUAACACAACUUCAGCUGUGGAAAGGUUAAAGUUGGACUUUCUAAAGAGAGGGAUGGACCUGAACUACCAGCACCACUGGAUUGUUGACAACAUGCCCGUAACGUGGUGUUAUAUUGUGGAGGGUGAUCAGAAAAUCUGCAACCCAGGAUUUCCUAUUGGAUGUCUAGUAAACCAGGAAGGAACGCCAAAGGAUGCAUGUGUUAUCAAUGCUGAUUUCAACAAGAAGAACAUGUUUUAUGUUUUCAACCACGUGGACAUUACUAUAGUUUACCACAGUGGAGAUGAAACAACUGGGAUGGGUGCUCGACUUGUGGCAGCUACACUGGAACCCAGGAGCAUCAUGCAUGGUGAUCAUGAAAAACCAUCAUGUGAAGGCCCUCCCAUGGAGAUACCAUACGAAUUCAAAAGUGAUCUCAAAGUGACCUACACUUACUCUGUUACAUUUACACGAAAUAAUGCCAUUAGAUGGGCUUCUCGAUGGGAUUACAUUUUGGUUUCCAUGCCUCACACCAAUAUCCAGUGGUUCAGCAUCUCAAAUUCUUUGGUCAUUGUGCUCUUCCUGUCUGGCAUGGUGGCCAUGAUCAUGCUCAGGACAUUGCACAAGGAUAUUGCCCGGUACAACCAGCUUGAUCAGGCAGACUGGGUUAAGAUCCCUCCAGGUGCAAACGUUACCUAUGAGGAAGCCCAAGAGGAGUCAGGCUGGAAACAGGUUCAUGGUGACGUGUUUAGGGCACCUAGAAUGGGCAUGCUGCUGUCUGUCUUUCUCGGACAGGGCACUCAGAUCUUCACCAUGACCUUCAUCACCCUUUUUUUGGCCUGUCUGGGUUUCCUGUCUCCAGCCAACAGAGGGGCUCUCAUGACCUGCGCUGUGGUACUAUGGGUUCUUCUUGGCACACCUGCUGGAUAUGUGUCUUCCAGACUCUAUAAGACUUUUGGCGGUGAAAAAUGGAAAACCAAUGUACUUCUCACCGCCUUUUUGUGUCCGGGGAUUGUCUUUGUGGAUUUCUUUUUGAUGAAUCUCAUCCUGUGGACUGAGGGCUCCUCCGCUGCUGUUCCCUUUGGUACACUUGUGGCCAUCCUGGCGCUGUGGUUUGGCAUCUCAGUUCCUCUCACUUUUGUGGGCGCAUACUUUGGCUUCAAAAAACCAGGCAUCGAGCCACCAGUGCGAACAAACCAGAUCCCACGCCAAAUUCCUCAGCAAUCCUUCUUUACCAAGCCUGUGCCGGGCAUCAUCAUGGGUGGCAUCCUGCCCUUCGGCUGCAUCUUCAUCCAGCUCUUCUUCAUCCUCAACAGCAUUUGGUCUCAUCAGAUGUAUUACAUGUUUGGCUUUCUAUUCUUGGUCUUCAUCAUCCUGGUCAUUACCUGCUCUGAGGCCACUGUUCUGCUCUGCUACUUUCAUUUAUGUGCAGAGGACUAUAAUUGGUGGUGGCGAUCAUUCCUGACCAGCGGUUUCACAGCAGUGUAUCUGUUUGUCUAUGCAGUGCAUUACUUCUACUCAAAACUACAAAUCAUAGGGGCUGCGAGCACCAUUCUCUACUUUGGGUACACCUUGAUCAUGGUGCUCAUUUUCUUCAUUUUCACAGGUACUAUAGGCUUCUUCGCCUGCUUCUUCUUUGUAAAUAAAAUCUACAGUGUGCUUAAAGUGGACUAAUGGAGAGACGUUUGGAGAACACAACAUCGCCUUGUUACAGAUGGACUUCAUGUGGAAGUCUGAAGCAACAUUUGAAGGAAAGGAGAAGUCGACGGCACUCUUCUCUCCUCUUCUCUGUAUGGAUCAACUGUAAUUCCCUGCAGUAGGUGUGCGUGUGAACUCCAAAGACCUUUUCAGUGCUUUACUUGCCUCACGUUGCCUGACUUUAAUACCAGAUAAAACUUGAGAGCAUAUCUUAUGUAUAAAGUGCAUUUAUAUUGACCUACAUGUAUCUCUUCCUUACUUUUGUUUUAGAUAUUGUUUGAAUAUUUAAUUCCACUAUUCCUGUUCGUGUUUUGUUUGUCUCAUUUUUUUUGUAAGAACAGCUGGGGUACAAGUUUUAGGUUGUGUGUGCACCAAAGUGUUUUUAGCGAGCUUAAAGACAGCCAUGCUUUUCUGAAGGCACAGAUCUGGUGGCUUUUUCUUUUAGCUUUGGUUGCUAUGACAUAAUCUUACAUGGACGUACUUUAAGACUCAAGGCAAAAAUGUCUGGAGGACUCUUUUUUGCAGCUUUCAUUGGCCAAGGAAAUGCCAAAGUCCAAGUUACUGAUAAUUUAACCAAUUACAGUUUUGUAAUGAGUCGUGUUAGGGUCAUAACUAUGUAGCAAACACAUUCUUUUGAAAUCGUAGAUAUUAGAUGAUUAUGAAAUGCUAAUAAGUGUAGUUGUACAUGCAAAAAUAUUCUUCUUCCAUACAAUAGGCUUUGCCAUGUGAUGGAUUUGUACACACACACACACACACACACACACACACACACACACACACACACACACACACACACACACACACACAAUAUAUUUUAUUUUGAGUAACAUUUAAAAUAUUCUGGAGCAGUAAACAUGUCAAGCUUAAUAAUGACUGAAAAUGAAUCAUUGAUUUCUGUUGUCCUCGUUAGUUUUAAAAACACAGAUUUCUUUACGGUUCAAAAUGGCAUCUUUGGAUAUCUUUUCUGCUGGAAAUACUGUUUUCCUAAAAAACAAAAACAAAAAAUUAAAAUAAAAUCUUACAUAUAUCUUAAGAACAGUAUAGCAGAAAAUGUUGGCGGUUUUAAAACCUUGACUUUUCCAAACCACGGUAUACCUUGAAAACAGUUAUUGUCCCAUGCCUAGUGUUCGAAGCUAUAUAUAUAUAUAUAUAUAUGGAUUUAUUAUUGACAAUGCUUUUUAUUGUCAAUCAAUUUCGCUUCAUCUUAAGUUGCUCAUUUGGCCUUGACUAUUGCUUUUUUCCAGCAAAAUCAGAAAUGGCUCUCCACACUUACUAUACUUGUUUUCAUGUUCAUGUAUAAUUGCUGUAUUGACGACAGAAAGCUGCAUGCUUUUUAGCCUGUGAGAUUUGGCUAAUGUGAGUGCACCUUAAGGCAUGUAAAACCACACCAAAGUAUAUUGGUGGACAUCAGUCAUAAUCGUUACUAUGCCAUCGAUAGCAUAACACUACUUUAUUCCAUGUGUUUUAUCAUUGUAUCUCACUGAAGAAUUGUUUUUUAAUGGAGUGAAGGAAACAGAUUGGUUAGGAAGCACGUUUUUACUAUAGUUUUUUAUACAAUAAUAUCUAAAUAAUGGGGUUGAGAUUUUGUACUAAAUUAUUUAAAUGUCACAACUUAAAAAAAAAACACAUGCUUGCACAUUUUUGUUCUCAAUCAUUUUAAUUUAAAACCCACAGAAUGUACUGAGCUUCAUCAGAUCAUGAGAGGUAUACAUAAACAUUCUUCACCAUGUUUUAAUGAAGGAAAAAAAUAAUAAAGCACAAAGUACAUCAUUACAAAAA